ACAGGUGGCGGGGGAAGAAUUCGUUUCGCGUCUGUCGCUUUUAAACAACGCGAUUUCAGACACGAUUGCAACCAAGGGGAUGCGCCGCGAAAUCUUCUUUCAAAGUGUUUCUUUUUUGUUCGUCGUCGUCUUCUCCGUCGUGUCGUGCCUGCCGUUCUUGGUUUCUUCUCCAACUACUUACCCGUUCCUCCAACAACGGGCGACCGCUGUUUCCCUCCUCCCUCUCGUCCUCUCUUCUGUUUCUCUCUCUCUCUUCUCCGUCCCCCCACCCGCCGCCGUGCGCGCAGCGGAUGUGAGGCUGCCGUGACAGGGAGGGCUGCCGCGACAGGGAGGAGCUCGCAUCGUCGCAGCGUCAGGCGCAAUGGCUUCCCCCCGCUCCUGACCAUGCAUUCCAGGCUGUUCAAGAGGCUCGUGAAGAGGAUCAUGUGACAACGCCUUGCCGUCGUCUCGAUCGUCGCGCGCUGCGGAGAAAAUAGUGUGCGGGAUGGAUGGCUUCAUUUCGUCGUGGAUGGUGUUCGUCGCGCUGGCACUUCAUCUUGCCGUGGAUGGCUGCUCGGCUAUCAACUUUGAAGGGGCAGCGCUGCUCAAGUUCCAGUCAAGGGUGGAGGAGGAUCCACACGGCGCUAUGGCAGGUUGGAGCCCGCGCAACGGCGAUCCCUGCAGCUGGGACGGCGUCCGCUGCGUUGAUGGCAGGGUUGUGAUGCUGAAUCUGAAGGGUCUAUCGUUAAGAGGCACCCUUGGUCCAGAGCUAGGAACUCUUAGCCAUCUGAGGGCUCUUGUACUCUCCAAUAACUUUUUCAGUGGACCGAUACCUAAGGAAUUGAGUGCUCUUGCAAUGUUGGAGAUACUGGAUUUAAGCAGCAACAACUUGAGCGGGGAAGUUCCACAGGAGAUAGCAGAAAUGCAAUCACUUAAGCAUCUGUUGCUUUUCAACAACAGCUUUCGAUGGCCUCUGAUCCAAAAUUCCUAUGGAAACUUUGAUCAGGAAAAUGAUUUUGAUAUCUAUGAUUAUAUUGGGAGGGGUAAUAUGAAUCAAGGAGCUGAGAAUGGGUUCGAAUCUGGUUCUUCAUCAGAGGAGAACAAAAAGGACACCAGCAAUCUUUCUGCUCAACUUCCUUCACAAUAUGCAGCAAGAAAUCCAGCUGCACAUUUUAGCGAGCGCAGAUUACUUCAGGACAGCAAUCUUGCUGCACCUUCUUCUGCAAAUGCUCCUGUUCCAGCUGCUGUUCCUGUUCCUUCCACUGGAACUGGCUCGUUUUCAGCAUUUAGUCCCAACAGUGCACCUGCACCAGCUGUAAAUCCCCCAGAUAGUCCACCGACAGUCCCCAAUACUGCAACAGAAGAAGUUCCAAAAGGAAGAUCCAUAAAAUGGGUUAUCAUUGUGCUUCCAUUGGUUGCAAUUUUGCUUAUCGUCAUCACAUGUAUGCUUUUGCUAUGCCGCACCAAGUCAGGGACAACAAUAGGUCCAUGGAAGACAGGACUCAGUGGUCAGCUCCAAAAGGCAUUUGUGACAGGAGUACCCAAGUUGCAGCGCUCUGAGCUUGAAGGUGCCUGUGAGGACUUCAGUAACAUUGUGGCAAGCUAUCCACAAUACACCGUCUAUAAGGGAACCUUAUCAAGUGGCGUUGAGAUAGCUGUAGUAUCAACCAUGAUUACCUCUAGCAAAGAUUGGUCAAAACAUUCUGAAGGGAGAUUCAGAAAAAAGAUAGACUCACUCUCGCGACUUAAUCAUAAGAACUUUAUCAACCUGCUUGGAUACUGUGAAGAGGAAGAGCCUUUCAUGAGGAUGAUGGUAAUAGAAUAUGUGCCCAAUGGAACACUCUACGAACACCUCCAUGUUGAGGGAUUUGAUCCUAUUGAUUGGAAUGGUAGGAUGAGGAUCAUUAUGGGAGUAGCAUACUGCACUCAACACAUGCAUGAGCUCAACCCCCCUAUAACACACCCAGACAUAAAGUCAAGUGCCAUAUUGCUAUCUGAGGAUGGAGCUGCAAAGAUAGCAGACUUGAGCGUGUGGCAUGAAGUAUAUUCCAGAGGAAAUAUUCCCAAGGAUGAUGACUUUGUUGAUCACCAUGAGCCAGUAGCAGCUGAUAUGGCUGGGAAUGUGUACAGUUUCGGUCUACUCAUGCUGGAAAUCAUCUCAGGAAAGCCUUCAUAUUCUGAACAAAAGGGCUCACUUGCGAACUUGGCUUUGGAGUGCAUUAGGGACAACCGGAGCAUGUCUUGUUUGCUUGAUCCUAACUUGAAGGAUCACAAAGAAAAGGAUCUAGAAAUCAUAUGUGAGUUGGUUCAGGACUGUAUCCAAAGUGAUCCGAAGAAGAGACCAACUAUGAGAGAGGUCACCACUAGAUUGCGUGAAGUACUAUCAAUUUCACCAGAGGCAGCAACGCCUCGGUUGUCUCCACUUUGGUGGGCAGAGCUUGAGAUCCUUUCAGUUGAAGCAAGCUAGCGAAAUGUUCAUUCUUACAGAAAAACUGAGGUUCUGUGCAUACUGUAAUGCAACCCUGUACAUCUCUGUUGUAUGUUUCCAUCUUGUGCUGUAAUUUUGGUGUCUGCUUGUUACGUUCUCCUCCUCCCCUUGAAUUUAAUUGGCAGGUUCAUCUUUCUCAUUUCUUCUUCGGCUUCCCUCUGUAUACUAAACCUACAUGUGGUGGAAGUAGAAUGCCUCAUGCGAUCCUAGGACUGAUUGUAAUCAGGAAAUGUGCAAUGUACCAUUCUUUUACGGAAAUAUAUAUUCUUUGAAUGUUGAU